AUGUCACGCUCGUUCCGGACAUUGAUUCUAUCUCGUAGCCCUGAACGCGUCCUCCACUCCAUCGUCGUCAGCCGUGUAGUUCUUAGCAUACGAGAAGUGACUUCUCAGGGUUACCGGAAUGGGGACGUGAUGGAAGACCUCACUAUUGAGGACAUCGAGACCUGGUUCGCUUCGAACGUGCACAAACCUGAAAACCAAGGACAAGAGGGAGCUUGA